AUGAGUAUUCCCAUAUCCUCGAGAUUGAAGGACCCUCAUGAAGUCAUUCGAGAAAAUUUCCUUUUCAAUGUCAACACCUCUGUGACCUUCCUAACCCGCCUACUACAGAUGCUCUGCUCUUUUCUGUGCAGGUUUUCAACAGUCAUCCCCUUUUUUAGCAUCAACUUCUUGAAAGUUUCAAAAUCAUGCAGACGCCUCUCAACCAUCAAGAAACAUUCUGAAGUUCGGGUCGUUUUCAAGGGUUGCACCUAUAUGACAUUUGGAAACGGUCACUGCUGCGAUGAGCCGCUGGGAUGUAUCGAUUGCGGCUUUGAAUACAGGUUGUAUGUUUUGAAGAAAUUCUAUUUAGAUGCCAGAAGUGUGAUGAGAGAUGAAAUUCAUUAUGUAACGUUGGAUAUGGACGAUUUCAAAGGACGAUGCAGAGAAAUUGUGGCCUGGUUAAAAUCGUGUUGCCCGGAAGUUUUAGAUUUGGCUGUUUACGGAAAGAAUCCAGGACAAGAAGAAUUGCAAUACGUAUUGGAUACUUUGAAGUUCACAAACAGUUCAUACUUCUACCUCGACACAAUUGAAGACCUUCCACUGGAAAUUCCCACAACAAUUGAAAGAUUACGUAUCCAUAAUAGAUCAUGGAUUACGUUGGGUUAUGUAAUGCAUUCAAAAAUGAGCGGAUUGGCGUUUAAUGGCACAAAUCUGACAAAUCAAGACAUAAAUGUAUUUUAUAAGAGUUGGAUAGAAAUGAAAUCUCACCAAAACUUGGAAUUUUUCGAAAUAAAUCUAAUGAAUCCAGAAGACUUUGUUGCGGUUGGUCUGAAAGAUAUCCCAUAUGAAAUAGGAUCACCAAUAGAUGAACCGUAA